AAUUAAGCAGUUUCUCUUUUUUCAACUCACUGCUCAAUAUAAAAUCAUCCCUGAAACUGUAGAUGUUCAUAUCAUAUCUGUAAGUUCAGGUCAAAUAGAGAGUUCACUAUGAUUUCAGGAAAUUAAGCAUUUACAUUUUCCUGUGCUUACUAGCCUAUUGUAUUCUUAAGUAACAUACAAUCAUGAAAGCUCCUGCCUUUGGCAGUGUGUACCAGCACAUGUUCUGAUAGGUCACAGAAUAAGGGGAGGAGGCUUUUUAGCAGACUACUUCUCUCUUCCUUCCAAGACUAGAAUUGUAUAGAAUGGACACUCAAUUUAGCUGUUGAGCUAGAAAUGAGAUCUUGACCAGCGUGCAUAUCAAUUAUUCAGCUACUCAAACACUGCAACCACACAGGAAAGAGAGAAUUAACAAACUGCAGCUGGUGUGAUAAUGAAUGCUGACGAAUGCAAUGGCCGUUCUUACAUGUCAGGCAGUGGAGAUUCUUCAACGGAACGGGAGUUUUUUGCGGGGCUGAGAGGACCUACUUUGAGCACACCAAACAGUCAACAAUCCUCCCCAAGCCACUCACUCAGUGCUAACUCCAUCAAAGUGGAGCUCUACAGUGACGAGGAGGCAGGUGGUGCUCCGCUGGCAGAAAGAAGAGUCGGGGAGAAGGAUGAAGGAUGGAAGGAUGAAAAGAGAGACAUGGCAGAAGAUGGGGGAGUGGAGAUGGUUGGAGGCACACGAGGGCAGACUGGGAGUGGCUGCGGGGACAUGGCCAGUCCUGAGCCAGCAUCCCCAGGUCCCAUUCGGCUGCCCAAUGGCAAGCUUAAAUGUGAUAUAUGUGGGAUGAUCUGUAUUGGACCCAAUGUUCUGAUGGUGCACAAACGUAGCCAUACAGUCUUGGUCUCGGUAGGUGAGCGGCCAUUCCAGUGUAACCAGUGUGGGGCCUCAUUCACUCAGAAGGGCAACUUGCUGCGUCACAUCAAGCUCCACUCAGGCGAGAAGCCCUUCAAAUGUCCCUUUUGUAACUACGCCUGUCGUCGCCGCGACGCCUUGACAGGACACCUCCGCACCCACUCUGUGUCCUCCCCUACAGUUGGGAAGCACUACAAGUGCAGUUACUGUGGCCGCAGUUACAAGCAGCAGAGCACCCUGGAGGAGCACAGAGAGCGCUGCCACAGCUACCUACAGAGUCUGGAUCACCAGCCUGCUCACAACACCCAAUCUGCACACAGUGAAGAGGUUCAUAAUGUGGAGAUGAUGUCUGAACCCCUGAUCCAGUCCUCCUCGGAGAAGAUGACCUUCAUUGAUCGACUGGCCAACAGCAUCACCAAGAGGAAGAGAUCAACACCCCAGAAGUUCCUGGGUGAAAAGCACAUGCGACUAAAUAUAUCUGAAGCACCUUAUGAACUCGAUCCCAAUCCUGAUAAAGAAGGGGACAUGUUGGUCUUGCACACUGAGAGUGAUCCAUCUGCUUUAGGGCAUUUCCUCCGGGGGCCAAGAGGAGGCAGCAAUGAUGUGGAUCCUCCCCGCUCCCUGCGAAUGCCUCCCCACUCUGCCUGCCUAUCAGAGUUUACCCCAGUCAUCAGCUCUGUCUACCCCCAUAUAACCCCUCUAGGACAGCGCCUAAACUGUGCAGGGGGCAUCUCAAUGGGCCUGGCGGGGAGGGAGGCUGGAGAGGGUCAUGAGGACACGCCCUCCAGCCGCAGUCGUGCUGCCUCACCGAGCAAUGGUUACCAAGAUUCUACAGACACUGAGAGCAUGGCAGAGGAGCAGUGCGUCAUCACCUCAGUGCCAUCCGGAAACUUGAACCACCGCGGAGGGCACGAGCAGCACAGUCCUAGUCACGCCAAAGAAACAGACAUGGACAGGGACAGGGAAAAAGGAGUCCUUGGGGGUUUACCAGGGCUGCCCACCAAGGUGAGCCCGCGCUCACCACCAGCAAGGGAAGUCAUGCAGGUGGUGGAUGGGGAAGGGCGGUCAGUGCGCUCCUUCCGCUGCGAGCACUGUCGCAUUUUCUUCCUGGACCAUGUCAUGUUCACCAUCCACAUGGGCUGCCACGGCUUCCGCCAGCCCUUUGAGUGUAACAUCUGCGGCCACCGCAGCCAGGACCGCUACGAGUUCUCCUCGCACAUUGUCCGAGGGGAGCACCAGGUGGGCUGAGGAGGUCUUGUGGUGCAGUUUGAGAUUUGGGAGAGAUGUACAGAGAGCUGUAUGCUGCUUUGAGAUGGUGUCAUGGCGUCUUUUUUGGUCUGCAUCAGAUUGGGUGCAUGGCACAUUAGCACUUGCUUUUAGUUAGGGGACAUCAGCUUUUACUUUUGAAGAGUAAUCGCCUAGGUACAACCGUAAAACACUCAACACAAAUGCAUCCUGUGUUUAAAGGAUGUCAAGAGGGGGACUUAUCCUCUGAUUGCACUCCCAUAUCAAGUCAUUCAUUGCAAGAUGCAGAUGUUUUGCUUUAGAAGUGCCUUCCUUCUGUGGGGUUUAUUUUUUAUCAGUUAGUUAGGAAGAGAUAUUUGAUGCUUGUAUGGCAGGCAUGAGAUUAGAUUAGAUCUGAUUAGUAGCGUUUACAUAGAGUCUGCCUCUUUAACAGAGAAAGACAUUUAAUGAAUUAUAAGUCCAAAGUCUGGUGGACUGUUUUAACAUGACAAAAAUAUGCCUAGGAGUAUUCACACAAUCUUUGUGCUCUUUUAGGAUACCUCGAUGGGACUGUUGAAAUUAGGCGACUCAGGGAGAGAGGGAAUCGAAAGCAAGCAGCUUGCAUUGCAAAACUCUUUUAAGGCUGGAGGAAAGGGAGUAUUGAUAUGUUAGCCAUAUAAGGAGCACAGACACAUAUUGCCUUAAUAGUUGCUUUAUAUGAACCCUGUAUGAGCUAGUUGUUGAAUUGUACAUGGUUUUAAAUGCUGGAAGAUUCAGUAGGUACAAUGCAGACAUUUGCAUAUUGCCUGAAUGUGGGUAACUUCAAAACGAAGAUGACAUGGCACUCUUAGGUCAAAUUGGAUUGGUGAUUAGGCUAAGGAUUUUUAUCAUUUUAUUUCUUUCUAUAUUGUUUUAAGUAACAAAAUGAACUUGAAGCAUUUUGCCUUAGUUUUUGAGUCUAAAACCUCCUAUAUAUUAUGUCCUAAAGAAGUCAAACCAGUUGGUUUCCUUGUGCCUCAGAUUUUGAUUUUCAUUUCAGACUUUAUCUAGACAGACCUCACUUACGUGGUGAUGAGGAGUAACAUUAAAAGAUUUUUCCUAUAAAAUCUAUUGAAGUUUUUUAAUCGUUUUUGUAGUAUGAAGUCCCCCCAUCUAUCCUCUGCCAUUGACUUACGAAUAAUAUGGCCUGGCUUCAAACAUUAGUUAACUAAUGAAGGAUACUGUAGGCCACAUUAUAUUUUUAGAUGUUUAACACAGUAAAAAGCGGAGGGUGAAAAGGAACCUUAAUUGCUCUGGUGCAGACCAAACACAGACCCAUGUUGCAUUCCGUGACUUUGAUGUGUGAGACGGAGGGGUUGUUACCUCAAAGGAGGAUUGCACUUUUUCUAAUUCUGCUUAAAUGUGUGUGUUUUGCUGGGGCUUUUGGGAGGGUUUCGGACAGGCGCUGAGGUACGUGGUGGGAUGGGAAUUUUAUUACAAGGCUUUAGGGGAGCAGAUUGUAAUGAAUGGUAACUGAGCUUUGAAACAUAUUCUUUUGUUUUCUGAAAUUGCUCAAUUGCACUGAUUUCUGAUAAAAAUGCUAUUUAGAGAACAAACAAGAAACAAUUUGAUACAAGAACACAUUGGUUAUAUAGACCAGAUGAGCAUUGUGGUGUUUUUAAAAAUUCUAUAAAGGCUAUUUUCCUAAUAAAAAAGGGGUCACUGUCAUUUAAGGAUUCAGAACUGAAAAGUUUCCUUGUGUUGUAAAAUUUGGUGCUUGGAUGUUUGUGUGACUUCUGCCCUUGAUAUUGGGCUUGUAUCCUGUACGCUUGUCCUGUGUGGUCAUGUCCCAUAUGAGGUCCCGCAUAAGGUACACUCAAUCCCCACGAGUACGAACUGCUGCUUGAUUUGAAGGAAAGGACUGACUUCUGUUAUGUACCAUCCUGCCAAGAUAUCGUGGCCUGUUUUAUCGGUGGAUCUCACUUGCACAAACUGAGAUAAUUCUGAUAUACAACUAAAGCACCAAUGAAUUCUGAAGAAUCUCAAACACUUGUUUUGUUUGAUUGCUUGUACAUUUCUCAUCUUUUAUGUAUCGUGGGUUAAGGUUAAAAGUACUUGGAUGUGGUCAGCUUUUUCCAAUACUUGCUAACGUGUAAUCCACUGACACGGUACUGCAUCUAUCGGUUGCUUUUAAAAUAGUCCUCUUAAUAUAUUAGUAUGCCUGGAUUCAGUCGAGGGAAAGCCUGUGAAGAACAGUGUGAAUGGAUUGAAAACUAGAACAGAAGUGAGACCAAAUCCAGUAUUUGCGAAGGUUAUUUGACUUUGCGCCCUUCAUAGACUUUAUUUACUUGAAGGUAUGGCAAAAGAAAAAAAAAGCCCAUAUACAGUAUGACACUUAAUGCACUUAAUGGUCAAAAAGAAAUUAUAUGAUAAUUAUACCUAUAUAAUUAUAAGUGUGUGAAUGGGAAAGGUUGCGUGUGUACUCACUUUAUUUGCUGGGGUUCUGCAACUGUUCUGCUUGUGAAAUGCUACAGUAGCUGCAAUUUCCCGUUUCCUCUAAACCAAACCUAGCUCUUUUUUUCUGCACCAUUUCAUAUUUCUUAUCCCUAAGGUGUGAUGAACUCAAUAUUUUUAAAUGAACUGUGAAGCAACCUUAACAAGCAGAAACUGAGAAAGAGAGACCUAGCAUUUUUGGGGAGGCAGGGAUCAAACUCUGUUAUACUUGGGCUUUAUCCCUGGGUUCAAUGUUUUUAAAUAUUUUGUGAGAAAAAUAUGUAUAUAACAAAGAAAAACUAUUUACCUCAAAUUUGUUAAAAUAUAAAAGCUGCCUCAUGUUCUAAAAAAAGGUGUGUUGGUUUCAAGAGGUAUUGUUUAUUUGAUCUUGUUUUUAAGGAGUGUAACCCAACUUUAAGUUGAAGUAAUUUUUCAUGUCCAAUAAAGUACUAUUUGUUGUAAUUUCUGUCCACUUAAAAAUCUAAACACUUGUUCUCUAGUUUCCCUAAUUCAUGUCCAGGCUUGAUGGUAUUUUUGGCCUUUUAUGUCUGGGAGGAUGAUAAAUACCGUUAUUAACAAGUUGAUUCAGAUUAUUGUUAGUUGCCAAAAAUGUCCAUUUCACUUUUUUUUUCUCAACCAUCAAGCUUUUAGAUCAAAUGUAUACAUGUAUAUGGAAAAGUGGAUAUUUUAGGUGAUUUGCUCAAAAUGUCUAGUUUUAGCUUUUUUAGUUAACAUCUUGGUAUUCAAUGUAAUCUCUCAAUUAAGAUUAGAUUUUCUAAUUGUACAACAUUAGAUAAUGCUGUUUAAAAUAGUUUUAGAUAUCAUGUCACACUGCUUGACUUUUCAUGUCAGCUACUGUACCUCUGCACUCUUUAAGGUUUAUUUUCUUAAUUCAGCCUGCUGGUUUCAUAGUUGUGAAUUAGGGUUACAACACUCUACAAAUUUACUCUAAAGAUAGUAAAACUGUCCAAACAAGCUUUUGAUGGGAUUCCAACAGUCCAUGAUGUUAAUUAGAAUAUUUUCUUAUUCCCAAUAUAUUUCAGUAAAUUUAAGACUUAUGUCUUAUAUUAAUUCCUGUUAUAUAUUUGCUGUGAAGUAAAAGGGAAUUACACUUUUUAAAUGAAACCUAAGGUCUAAUUCAUAUGACUUAAAACAUUGAUACAUUAUUGUCUAAACAUACAUGCACUGUGAAAUAAAUCCUAACAAAAUGGUAUGUGUACUAUAUAUACACAAACAAGUAUUUAUAUAUACUGUAAUAGUAUGUAUAUAUAUAUUUAUAUAAUACUUAUUUUUAAACACACCAUUCUGUUAGGAUGUGUUCCUCAAU